AUGGAAGCUGCAAUGCUGCAACCCCAAUCGGUCGCCCAGGCCUUCCUCAACAACCGAGAAUUCAAGUCCGAUGCUCGCAAGGCCUAUCUGUUUCAGCAGAUGCCCGCCACGCCCAUCUACUCCCGCCCCGGCUCAUCUUGCUCUCAGCCACCCACCCUCUACAGCAAUGGUGCCCACAAGACGACCAUGCUCGACGCCGACGUCUAUGACAGCCACUUUCCCUCUACGCCGCCUUUGUCCACUUCUGGAAGUGCCAUUGGUAGCCCCAAGAUGUUCGACGCCCUGCAGACCCCCAUCAACCCCAUGUUCUCCGGCCUUGAUGGAUUCCCCGGCAAGGACCUGUUUGACUCGGUUGAGACCUCGGUUCUUGACUGGUCUAGCUGUGCUUCUCCUCCUAUGACACCUGUCUACAUCGCUUCGCACCCUCUAGCUCUCCAGCAGAGCACCAGCGACUUGGUGUCUAUGACCUCAUGCCCGUCGCUGUCUCCCUCGCCCUCGCCAGCCUACGCUCGCUCCAUCGCCUCUGAGCAGGAUGUCGACUUUUGUGAUCCACGCAAUCUUACCGUCUCUACCGGCAAUCCUACCCUUGCUCCCGAGUUUACACUGAGCAACAUGGGCGAUGCCGAUGUCAAGGGCGCUAAUGCCCGGCCAACCUUUGAUUUCAACCCUGCCAUCUCCCAUGACCUUCCAUCUUUCCAGAAUCUUGAUGACCUCGACUCGGAGGAUGAUUUCAGCAACCUUGUCAACAUUGAGGCCACCGCUACCGGGGAGACCACUCGUCCCCGCGCUUGCACCGGCUCCUCGGUUGUAUCUCUGGGUCACUGCAGCUUCGACGAUGAACUUGCCUUCGACGACAACGACACAUUCUCCUUUCUGCCAUUCCCCAGCGCCGACGCUACUACCGACGUCGAUGAUGGGCACCGUGACAAGAAGCUAAAAACGUCGCCCAAGAACGACGCCGUAGUUGCCUCUGAGCCUACGGAUGACGAGGUUGAGGCCACCAGCGCUGCCUCUGUUUCCUCUGAAUCGACCGUCUCUUCGCCGUCUGAUGACAACUCUCCUACUGUUUCUGCGCCUAGCCGUCGUGGCCGCAAGCAGUCCCUCACCGAGGACCCCUCAAAGACCUUUGUCUGCGACCUUUGCAAUCGUCGUUUCCGCCGCCAGGAACAUCUCAAACGCCACUACCGCUCUCUCCACACACAGGAGAAGCCGUUUGAGUGCAACGAAUGCGGCAAGAAGUUCUCCCGCAGCGACAACCUUGCCCAGCAUGCCCGCACUCAUUCCGGAGGUGCUAUCGUCAUGGAUCUUAUCGAGGAUCACGCCUCGCACUUUGACGGCAGCGCCAUGCCUGUCAAUGCUGGAGACGAGUUUUCUUACGGCAAGGUCAUGUUUCAGAUCGGCUCCGAAGUAUCCGAGAUUACAGAAGACGCCUCUGAUAACAAGAAGAAGCGCAAGCGCACCGACUAA